AUGGUUAGCUUCUCAGCUGCCUCUGAGGUGGUGGUGCGUUUUCAGAACUGCCCACCGUGGCUAGCUUUCCUGAAUGUCCCUCUGCAUGGAAAGCCGGGGUGUCGUUUCUGCACUGUGUGUCUCAGUCCAGUUUCAGCUGACGGAGAGACCAUUCUGAAAGGCCUCCAGUCCAUUUUCCAGGAGCAGGGCAUGACAGAGUCGGUGCACACCUGGCAGGACCAUGGCUACUUAGCCACCUACAUAAACAAAAACGGCAGCUUUGCCAACUUGAGAAUAUACCCACAUGGACUGGUGUUGCUGGACCUUCAGAGCUACGAGGGUGAUCCGCAAGGCAAAGAAGUUGAAAGUCUUUUGAACAGAGUAGAAGAAAGAAUGAAAGAACUGAGUCAGGACAUUGCCGGCCAGGUGAAGCGACUGCCACCCAUAGUUCGUGGAGGGGCUAUAGACAGAUACUGGCCCACUGCUGACGGCCGCCUGGUUGAGUAUGACAUUGACGAAGUGGUGUAUGAUGAAGAUUCGCCAUAUCAGAACAUCAAGAUCCUGCACUCCAAGCAAUUUGGAAAUAUUCUCAUCCUUAGUGGGGAUGUCAAUUUGGCAGAGAGCGAUUUGGCGUAUACCCGGGCCAUCAUGGGCAGUGGCAAAGAAGAUUACACUGGCAAAGACGUCCUGAUUCUGGGCGGUGGAGACGGGGGCAUCUUAUGUGAAAUAGUCAAACUGAAACCAAAGAUGGUCACCAUGGUAGAGAUUGACCAAAUGGUGAUUGAUGGAUGUAAGAAAUACAUGCGAAAAACAUGUGGCGACGUCUUAGACAAUCUUAAAGGAGACUGCUAUCAGGUUCUAAUAGAAGACUGUAUUCCAGUACUGAAGAGGUACGCCAAAGAAGGGAGGGAGUUUGACUAUGUGAUUAAUGAUUUGACUGCUGUUCCGAUCUCCACAUCUCCAGAAGAAGAUUCCACAUGGGAAUUUCUCAGACUGAUUCUCGACCUCUCAAUGAAAGUACUGAAACAGGAUGGGAAAUAUUUUACACAGGGAAACUGUGUCAAUUUGACUGAAGCCCUGUCGCUCUACGAAGAACAGCUCGGACACCUGUAUUGUCCUGUGGAAUUCUCCAAGGAGAUCGUCUGUGUCCCUUCCUACUUGGAAUUGUGGGUGUUCUACACUGUUUGGAAGAAGGCUAACCCCUGAAGAGCGCUUCGCUCCAGUCAUGCGCUGCCGACAGUCUUCCUGGCCCUCACGCCGUUCGCGACAUCGACACCAGUCAGGCAAUUGAUUGUGAAUUCCUUCCAGUUUUCUUUUUUUUAAUUAUUAUUUUUAAUUUAAAAAAGCAAAUGGAAAAUGUAUAUUUUGAUGAGCUAGGGUGUUAUUUUUUGAAAGUCAGCUGAAGGAUGAUUAGACACCACAGCGAAAGCUGCUAAAUGCACUGAACCCUAGAAUGUGAUUUUUGUUAUUUUUUUUUCUGUAUGGGCUUUUUUUUUUUUCCUUUUUCUUUUUUUGUUCGUUUGUUUGUUUGGUAGCCUUUCAAUUUGCUUGUUUGGAGGAAUGGACAUCAUUGUUUUUAUUCUGGAGGGAAGUUCUUGUUGGUGUUUCUUUCCCAAAAAUUGACUAGAGAUUAAAAUUUGGUGCUUACAAGGAAGAGUUAAAAAAAAUGAAUACCAAUGAAUCAAUUAAAAUCACAAAAGAGA